CUUGACUUUCAGUAAGUCUAACAACUCGCACAAGUAGCCAACGGAACGAAAGCUGCUGGUGACGUGAAGGAAACAGUUUUUCUUGUGGUGUAGAUAACCUAAUUUGAACCUACCCGUUUGUUACAUCUUGACCACAGAGCAUCAGGAACUAGAGCGAAAGACAUACAGACGAGGCUUACGAGCAUGGAUGUCAGCUUCAAGGAAGGGAAGUUGUACCUUCAGGUUGUCAAGUUUGGAAAAAAAACAUGGCGGAAAGUAUCGGUGGGGCUAUUUAAGCCCAGCACCAUGGGGGUCGGGCGGUUGGAGCUCUCGACUGUACCUGAUAACAACGCUGCUGCUGACUGGAAGAAAGUCGGUCGGUAUAAAACACCUGAAAGAAAAGUGGUGCGUUUAAGUGACUGCCUCAGUGUCAUCCCUGCGCCAAAGGAGUCUUGCCCUUCUGGGUGCACCGCCUUCUACUUGCACACCAUUCAGUGCACCUACACCCUGGCCUCCACGUCAAGCCAGGACUGGCUAAGUGCCCUCUGUCUUCUGGCCUUCCAGAAGGAUCCUGGGGAAUCAGACAAAGGGGCUUUCGAGAGAGGAAAUGGCUUGGCCAUGGAGGACAAUGAACUUUACUCAUCUUGGAAAACCGCCGAUCUGGCCCUUCCUCCAAACCAGUACCCAGUGAUUGUCCAGAGCACAGAGGCAUCCAGGAGGUGCAAAUUGUCUGGCGAGUAUCUGAUCUCUCCAGAGAAAGAGGCUGUGCUACUGCUGGCCAUCAGUACUGGUCACAUAUUCUAUCGCUGGCCGUAUAGGCACUUACGCAAGUUUGGACAGGUUGAGGGUGGGUUCAGCAUUGUAGCAGGCCAUCGCUGUGAGUCAGGAGAAGGAUUGUUCAUCUUCCUGUCCAAACAUGGUCUCCAGAUCUUCCAGACUAUAUCAAAGCAGUGCUCUGUGGAGAGGAGCUCCCCUGGCAAGCCGCUGAGUCUCCAUAGAAGAUCAUUAUCUGACCUGUCUCCUGUUAUUCUCCCAUCCACAACCAACUGGCCCUCUGGCGCCCCUAUCUACAGUUCUGCUGUUUCUGAUGACAUAGAGGACGAGUCUGACAAUCACUACUCUACUAUUAAUGACACCCCUGAACGAAAAUUAAAGCGGCUAUCUCUUGUCGAAACGUACCUCUUUAAAAGCAAGGAGGAUGUGGGAGAGGAAGAUGAGGAUGAACGCUGUCAUUCCCUGGAUGCUGUAAAGAUGGACAAUAUCAUUGACGACAACAUUUAUUGCAACCUAAGAAGAGCCAAGCCUCCUGUGAUCAAAUACAAUGAUCUCAAAACUGAGAUGGACUCAGAGGACAUCUAUUCGGAAGUGAACAUAAAUAAUUCUUCCUUAAAUCCUCAGCUGCAUCUCUUCUCGCCACCCCUGCCUCCGCUUGUUUCCCAGGAUCCUCCCUCCACCCUUCCCCAGUCUGUUCCCCUCGCCCAACUCAAGCCCCGAUACCAGCGUCAGCCCCCUGCUAUUAACUACAUCCAGCCUGGGCACAAUGCUCAGGCACAGGCGGUGGAUGACAAGAAGGAGAUGGAGGAAGCCAUCAGCUCCUCUUCCCAUGUUACCCCCACAGAGGCCCCUGGCAGUUUCAAACACAGGCUGGCAGAAAUCAUUUCUAAGGACCUGGCAAAGUUCCAGCCACCUCUUCACUCCGGAGCGGGCAGCACCACAUUUUCUCAGUAGGCUAUUAGUUAACAGACAGACUAGGAGGAGCAAUUUCAUCCAUGAUAGACUGUCAUGAAGCAUAAUUAGUUCCUUUUUUCUUUGAAAUCCCUUCCACCGGUAACAUUAGGCAUUAGAUUAUUUGUUUAUGUGUAGUUUGUUGUAUGAAAAACACAUCUGGAGUACAUUUUAUUCUACGGAUUGUUUUGCAAAAAGAGGAUUCAAGUAGUGUUGUUCUUCCCUGCUGGGAUGUCAGACAAGCUGUGUGUGCUGCAGCAUCUUUAAUUGGACAUUAUUAGCUGAUAAGCUUAUUAAAACUUUUCAUUGUGGCAAUAGCUUUGAUAAAAGGUGUCCUUGUUAGAUUCAGUGAGUUAAAUAACAUCUUUGGAAAUGGCUUCUUCUUGUUAAUUUAUUACUCGUUAACUCUCUUUCGUAAAGAGAAUAAGUUGGUUAUGUCACAUAUAAAUCAACAGCUUUGCAGCAACUAAUGCAUUUUGGACAGUCGGCUUCACAUAGUAGAAAUAAUAACAUAACUUAGGCCUACUAAAUAAAAUAAAUUAAAAAAUUAAAUAUACAGUGCACACUCAUGUCUUAAGAAUAUCUUUAUUGUAGCAAAAACAAUCCUCAUAAAAUACCCCAUAGCUAUACAUAAAUAUCAAAAUAAUUAUUUUUAAUUUAGACAAAUGUCACUUAUGACACUGGGAAUGUCUUUAGUGAUGGUUCAGGGCAUAAAGUGCAUU